GUGUGUGCUGCUCUAAUGAGUGAGUGGGUGGGAGGGUCAGGCAGUGCGACAAAUAAGGACACGGUUCCUGCACGAGCUUUCAUUCUCACUUUUAUUUGCAAGUGUGUUUUGGACCCACAGCUGCCUAAAAUGCGCUAAUUAGCCAAACGGGAUUUGCUUUUGCGGUGUUUUUACGCUGGAAUAAUAAACUUUCUCAGCAAAUGUUUUCAAGGGGCCCUCUCUCAUGUGCCAAAGACGACAUGAUUCACUGUCUCAGAUGGACUGUUUUCCUGUGGAUUGUAAAUAGCAUUCCUUUUACUUCAGGAAUGACAGUGAAUGAGCGAAUAGAAAACAAAGAUCAUACAUGUCCACCCAUGAAGCUGGAAGACAAGUGGGAUACCAAUGUGAACAUUCACAGAGAAUUCACAGGGUUUGAUUUAGCUGAGAAGUUUCUUCUCAGAAAAGGCACGGUGACAGACAACAGGCUGUUGUUGAGACUGGGGAGUAAACCGUUGUUUAAACCAACAGAAUCUGUGUUCCCAAAUGGAAUUUCUCAUGAGUACUCCAUUAUUGCCACGUUCCGGCUCAGAAAAACCACAAAGAAAGAUCGCUGGUUUGUUCUGCAGAUCUUUGAUCAAGAUGGAGAUACGCAGGUCUCACUUAUAGUGGAUGGAGCUAAAAAAACUGUUGAGUUUUUGGCUCAGGGUUUUCUGAGAAACAGCCUCCUCUACGUGUUCAAGAACCGAGACCUGCAUGCCCUUUUCGAUCGACAGUUCCACAAGCUGGGUGUGUCUGUUGAGAGCAAUGCGGUCUCUAUCUACCUGGACUGCAAACUGAUUGAGCGUCAGGUGACAGCUGAAAGGUCUGGCAUGAACGUGAGCGGACGCACAUUCAUCACCACUCGAGUGGAGGAUGGCCGUCCAGUGGAUAUUGAACUUCAGGAGAUUCUGAUCUUCUGUGAUGCUAGAAUAGCCGACCUGGACAGAUGCUGUGAUUCUCCUGGAGUUACGUGUGAACCUGUAGUGACCCACAACCCCACAGCGGCCCCAAUGGUCACAGGAUACCUCCACAGAAUGCUGUCAAUGCCAGCCCAGCUGCCCACCGACCAAUGCCACUGUCCUACUCUGAAGGGGGAUCAAGGGCUUCCGGGUUUGGCAGGACAUUCUGGACAAAAGGGAGAUAAAGGAGACAUGGGUUUGAAAGGUGAUCCUGGACCUCAAGGCCUACCUGGUCUCAAAGGUGAUAAAGGGGAACCAGGUCUGCCAGGUCUGGGAACACUAUCGGUUGAACAGCAAGCUCAAAAAGGGGACCAGGGUCCCCCAGGAAUUCCAGGAGAAAGGGGAGAUGCUGGCCUGCCCGGUCAGCCAGGAGCACCAGGGAAAGAGGGCAAAAGGGGUCGACGGGGGAAAACAGGAGAACGAGGGGCUCCAGGACCACCGGGUCCACCUGGAACAUGUGAUGCUGAAGCUGUCAAGGGGAUGAAGGGUGACCCGGGUGUUCCAGGAAAGGAUGGACUGAAGGGCGAUAAAGGGGAUCCUGGUUUGCCUGGCCUGGAGGGAGCUAGUGGAAUAAAGGUGAUGACAGCACAUGGACUUAGACUUUCUGGAACUGGGGAAGGAGGUGAUAAAGGCCAGAAAGGAGAGAAAGGAGACCAGGGUGAAAAAGGUUCUGAAGGCUCAAAAGGUCUACAGGGCAAUAGUGGAUUGCCUGGACUGACAGGGGCUCCAGGACUUGAGGGAAAGCAGGGUCCAACCGGUCCCACUGGCAUUCGUGGACUUCCAGGAGAUCCGGGCUCUCGUGGUCAGCCAGGACUGGCUGGAAAAGAUGGAAUGAAAGGAGAAAAGGGUGAUGCAGGCGGAGCGCCGGGACCGAUAGGACCCCCGGGCCUCAAGGGUGAACCUGGUGAGCCCUGCUCUGUCGGAAUUUGCAAUGGGGAGGAGGUCGUGUCUGGUCUUCGGGGGUCGCGGGGCCCUAAGGGUGAGCGAGGUGUACCUGGAGUACCCGGAGAUGCUGGAGAGAAAGGAGAACCUGGCAUUGGAAUCACUGGACCCCCUGGUUUGAUGGGAGCUAAAGGUGAACCAGGAAUUCAGGGUCCUCGUGGACCUGCAGGAUCAGUUGGAGUGCAAGGAAUUAUGGGACCUCCAGGCCCACAAGGCAGACCAGGACCCCCUGGACCCCCUGGAGAACCGACAGCACUACCUAUUGUUGGAGAUAUGGGGACAUUAAUGAAGAACGCCUGCAGUGUGUGUCAGAACAGAGUGCCAGGAUUGCCAGGGCAGAAGGGAGAAAAAGGUUCCCUUGGAACUCCAGGUAUCCCAGGAAUGGAUGGAGUAAAGGGGGAUCAGGGACUUCGGGGCCCAGCUGGUAAUCCUGGAAAAGAGGGUCCGAAGGGAGUGAAGGGUGAGAGAGGCUUCCCUGGUCCGAUGGGGGACAAGGGUGAUGAGGGGUCCCAAGGUGUGCCAGGAUUGCCUGGGUCCACAGGCCGCAUGGGUCCACAGGGACUUAUUGGCAGACCAGGACCUGCAGGGCCCCUAGGACCAAAGGGAGAACGGGGCAGCGAAGGACCGCAAGGCAGACCCGGACCCCCUGGACCCCCUGGUGUCCCAUAUGCAGAGGGAAAUGGGAUGAGCAGUCUCUAUAAGCUUCAGAAUGGCGCAGCUAAUACAGGUCAACCCGGACCACCAGGGCCCACGGGGCCCAAAGGAGAUGAAGGAAGGAUGGGUGAGCCGGGGCUGAUGGGAUUACCAGGUCUAGAGGGGAUGCCAGGUGCUAAGGGUGACCCUGGCCUACCUGGUCCACCUGGUGUUCCUGGCCCUAUUGGAAAGCCUGGUCCGCGUGGUGAGUCAGGGAUCCCUGGAGAGCCGGGAGAACGAGGGCCUGUGGGAGAGACUGGCUUCCCUGGACCUGAAGGGCCUCCUGGAUUCCCUGGAAGGCCAGGAAAAGAUGGAAUUCCAGGCUAUACGGGAGCCACGGGCAGACCUGGAGACAGAGGUACUAAAGGAGAACGGGGAGAUCCGGGGAUUCCAGGAGAGAGAGGAGUACAGGGAGAAAGAGGCAAGGCUGGAGAAAGAGGGGUCAUUGGUCCUCAAGGGCCACCUGGACAGAAAGGAGAACCUGGAUCUUUAACAACACCAGGGACCGUCAAUCUGUUGGGCGAUACAGCUGCCUUGGAGGAAAUUAAAACAUUCAUCCGAAAUGAAGUAUUGCGUGUAUUUGAAGAGAGGUAUUCAGACAGUUACGCCUCACUACAGAAGACACCAGCAGCUAUAUUAGCUGCGCAGGGUCGACAAGGCCCUCCAGGGCCACCCGGUAAUGAUGGCUCCCCAGGACCCCCCGGAGAGCCAGGUCCACAAGGGUAUCGAGGGCAGAAAGGGGAACGGGGUCAUAUGGGGAUGGGACUUCCAGGACCUUCAGGCCCCACUGGCCCACCAGGUUCACCCGGAAUAGGAUCGCAGGGGCCCCAAGGUCCCCCGGGGUCCCAAGGUCCAGAGGGAAGAUGUAACCCCAGUGACUGCUUCCAUCCACACACCAGACGGGAUGGGUAGAAUCUGACACAUCCUCAUCAAACCUGGACACCAGUGAACCAGCUCAUCUUCACAAGCAUUAAAUGCUAUUAAAACAAACCUAGGAUCCCUGCCGGAGGAGAAGACACGCAAACGUUUUCCCCAUAGAGCAGCCAUUACUGGUGAUGUCAUUUCAUCAUUUAGCUCCGUUUCAUUUCCCAUACUUGUGACCAAUGCAUUUACUCAUUUCCAAAGUUUUGUGAGUAUAACACGAGAAUUCAAAUCUCAUCAUUACACUAAUCGCACCGGACAGGUUUAUCAGAGGCGGCACGGUCAAGGUGAAUACUGGUGAAAUGAGAAUUUACAUUUACUUAUUUUCUUAUGCUGAGUUUUAAUUCAAUUGUGAUGGCUCUAUGCAAUCUAAAAUAGAAAAGGAGUAUGUUAACAAAUAUUAAGUUUGUGUAAAUAACAGAAAAUGUAAUUGUAAAAGGGAGUUAAUGUCAUGUUGAUCACCUCAGAUGCACUGGUGUGUGUGUGUGUGUGUGUGUGUGUGUGUGUGUGUGUGUGUGUGUGUGUGUGUGUGUGUGUGUGUGUCUGUGUGUGUGUACCUACUUAACCAUAUUUUGUGGACAGAUUUGUACCCAAAAGUGAGCUAAACCUGACAAAAUCUCCAAAAACCUCCCUUUGGGGAUGUUCUUAUUUGUAAAACUGGGAUAAAAAUAAAGUAAACAAAGGUGUUUUUUUUUUUGUUUUUUUUACAAAUUCUGAAAGUUUUCUGUAAGGUCUAGGGUGAUAGAAUAUACAGUUUGUACAGUAUAAAAACUAUUAUGCCUAUGGAAUGUCCCCAUUUAGAUAGCUAAGUAAGUGUGUGUGUGUGUGUGUGUGUGUGUGUGUGUGUGUGUGUGUGUGUGUGUGUGUGUAUAAAGAAUGAAAACAUCUGAAACCACUAGUUAAAUAAGUAAAAAAAAAAAACGAAUUAAAUAUUUU